AUGAAGCUCUCUCUUGUCUUCAGCGUGCUCGCAUCCAUCGCGGUUCUUGUUACAGCGUACCCCACGCAAGGAGCCACUGGCAUCGCAAAACGUUCCAAUGUCGCGAAGCGCGACUCGGAGGAACUUGGCGUCGAUGACAUAAUCUAUACCUUCAUAGAAUACAGGAAGAGAGAUGAGGGGAAGCGCGACUCGGAGGAACUUGGCGUCGAUGACAAAAUCUAUACCUUCCUGGACUACAGGAAGAGGCAGGAGAAACGCGACUCGGAAGAACUUGGCGUCGAUGACAAAAUCUAUACCUUCCUAGACUACAGGAAGAGGGAUGAAGGGAAGCGCGACUCGGAGGAACUUGGCGUCGAUGACAAAGUCUAUACCUUCGUGGAAUACAGGAGGAGAGAUGAGGGGAAGCGCGACUCGGAGGAACUUGGCCUCGAUGACGAAGCCUAUACCUUUAUAGACUACUGAACCUGACCGUGACGCUAGGUUGAGUCAUCCAUCGUCGUCGCAGCCUCACCAACAAGUUACCCCCUGUAUAUUUGCAUAUGCCGACUCGUUUAUCUGGCUUGGUUUCUGACAUGUUGCGUAUCUAUGUAAUACAAUCCUGUUUGUCUCGCUCUUUUU